AUGACUGUGCUAGGGGUGUAUGGAGUCAAUGACGACUUAACUGUCGCAGUGAAAGACCAAUUCUUUAAGGAGCUUGAUGAAGAGAUUGGAAAUAUUGGACAUAGUAGAGAAAUCGUUGUGUUGGGAGACUUAAAUGGGAGAACAGGUCGUCAGCUUAAUAGUAAAAUCGUAGGACCAUUCGGUGAGGCUACAUUGAAUGAUAAUGGCAAUCGUAUCAUUGACGUUUGUGAGCAAAGAGGUUUGAAAGUGCUCAGUGGGUUUUACCAACACAAGGAUAUACACAAGUUUACGUGGGUCCAGCCUACGCGGGGUUUACAGUCUGUCAUCGACUAUGUGAUAGUAAAGCAAGACACCAGCUUAAAGGUACAGCAAGUUAGAGAGUGGAGAGGUCUUCCCUGCGGCAGUGAUCACUACUUCCUUGGGGCGGCCAUAGCUUUCCCUGUGAGGGGCUGCCAUGAGAACAGGCAAACACAACAGCAGACUUUGCCACAAGUGGACCGUAUAAGGCUUGUGAAGUAUAAUAUCGAAAGUCUGCAGCAUCCAAGUGUUAAGGCACUCUACGGACGGCGAUUGGACGAGAAGUUAGGUGAAGCAAGAGAUAGUGAUACCGAAGGCCAGUAUCAAUUUUUAAAGGAUUGCAUUCAUUCGGCAGCAAUGGAAGCUCUCGGCGUUUCGGAUAAUAAUGGAAGUCCAAAGAAUAACCUUACUGAUGGGAUGAACAGAUAG